CUGAUGCAGCCCAACAGUUUCAGUAUGCAGUGAGAGUUAUUGGAAGCAACUUUGCUCCCACGGUUGAACGGGAUGAAUUUCUUGUAGCUGAGAAAAUCAAGAAAGAAUUGGCAAGGCAGAGAAGAGAGGCAGAUGCUGCUUUAUUUUCAGAGCUCUACAGAAAACUCAGUUCACAGGGCGUUUUGAAAAACAAAUGGUCAAUACUCUACCUCCUGCUUAACCUUAGUGAAGAUCCGCGUAAACAGUCUAACAAGGUAUCCAAUUAUGCCACACUCUUUGCUCAGGCAUUACCACGGGAUGCUCAUUCAACCCCUUACUACUAUGCCAGGCCUCAGAGCCUCCCGCUGAAUUACCAAGACCGCAAUGCUCAGCCUGCCCAGAGUUCUGGGAGCAUGGGGAGCAGUGGGAUCAGCAGCAUCAGCCUGUAUGCCUUGAACGGGCCAACACCAACUCCGCAGUCACUUCUUCCAGGACAAUCCUACCAAGCUCCGGGCGUUGGAGAUUGCCUCCGUCAGCAGUUGGGGUCACGCCUUGCGUGGACUCUCACAGCAAGCCAGCCUUCCUUACAAAGCGCUACCUCAAAAGGCCUUCCCAAUGCCCUCUCCCGUAACGUGUCGAGGUCAAGGCGGGAAGGGGAUACAAGCGGCUCUGUUGAAAUAACUGAAGCAAAUCUUGUAAGAGAUGUUUUAUACGUCUUCCAGGGAAUAGAUGGCAAAACCAUCAAAAUGUGCAAUUCUGAAAACUGCUAUAAAGUAGAGGGAAAGGUGAGCUUAUCUAAAUCUCUCAGAGAUACUACAAGUAGACUUGCAGAGCUGGGAUGGUUACAUAAUAAAAUAAGAAAAUACACGGACCAGAGGAGCUUGGAUCGUGCGUUUGGACUUGUGGGUCAGGUUGCGUCAUCAUGAUUCGUAGUCUACAGUAACUUCACGCUGCUGUAAUACCUAAAACCACUUUUACUGCUAAGGCAUUCUUGUUUCCUCUCACUUGCUCCUUCUGUAAAACUGGAUAUUAUCCCUUCUGAGUCGACAGAAAUGUUGUUAUCCUUGGCUAUAGCCAUAACAUCCUACCUAAUCUGCAAAGAAAUUGAAGUGCUUCUCCCUUCAAUAUAAUUUUU